CAUGUUCAGUUGCGAGAACUUGAAACAGGGGUUGAUGUUCUUGUGGCAACUCCUGGACGGCUGGUGGAUUUGCUUGAGAGGGCUAGAGUGUCAUUGCAGAUGAUUAGAUAUUUGGCACUUGAUGAGGCUGAUAGGAUGCUGGAUUUGGGUUUUGAGCCUCAGAUUAGAAAGAUAGUAGAACAAAUGGACAUGCCUCCACCUGGAAGGAGACAGACAAUGCUGUUUAGUGCCACUUUUCCAAAAGAAAUACAGAGACUCGCUUCUGAUUUUCUUUCAAAUUACAUUUUCUUGGCUGUUGGAAGGGUUGGUUCUAGUACUGAUUUAAUUAUUCAAAGAGUUGAAUAUGUUCAUGAGACUGACAAGAGAAGCCAUCUCAUGGACCUUCUUCAUGCACAAAGAGAAACGGAAAUUCAUGGCAAGCAAUCUUUGACAUUAGUUUUUGUGGAGACGAAGAAGGGAGCCGAUGCUCUGGAAUAUUGGUUGUGUGGUAAUGGGUUUCCUGCGACAACAAUUCAUGGUGAUAGGACGCAACAGGAAAGGGAAAUGGCACUAAGAUCAUUCAAAAGUGGCAAGACACCAAUUUUAGUAGCAACAGAUGUGGCAGCUCGUGGUCUUGACAUUCCUCAUGUGGCUCAUGUAGUAAAUUUUGAUCUUCCCAAUGACAUUGACGAUUAUGUUCACAGGAUAGGACGAACCGGACGAGCAGGAAAAACAGGUCUAGCCACAGCCUUCUUUAAUGAGAACAAUACUUCGAUUGCAAGGUCUCUAGCUGAUUUAAUGCAAGAAGCAAAUCAGGAAGUACCUGCUUGGCUCACUCGUUAUGCUUCACGGGUUUCCUAUAGUGGUGGUAAGAAUCGGCGGACUGGGGGUGGCCGAUUUGGUGGCCGUGACUUUAGAAGGGAGGGCUCUUUUAAUAGAGGCAUGGACUAUUAUGGUGGAGGGAAUAGCAGUGGUGGAUAUGGGGUUCCUGGCGGUUACGGAGGGGGAUAUGGUCCGGGUGUGGCAAGCGCCUGGGAUUAGUUUCCCACAUUACAGUGGAUUCAAAUUCUCUUGUUUUCUCACGAGUAUAUAAUUUUUUUUUUCCCCUUUAGAAUCAAGGAACAAAAUUUUUAAUACUCCAUUGUUCUUGAUUUGUUUUUCAUUCGGUUCUAAAUGUUGAAAGUUGUAUGGUGUUCCAUACUUUUGUCGCGUUACCCAAAUAUUGAAACUAACCAAAGUAUGCUUUAGAUGUUAA